CAGUAACGCGUUUCUUUCAGGUUUUAAUGAUUAAAACAAUUACUUAUGUCGUUUAUUUUCCAUAAUAUAAACAGAAAAUGUAGUCUAUUCAUUAUUAAUUUCAAUUACAACUGCGGGUCUUGAAUCAACUUCAGAACUAUAUGGUUAAGGCGGCAGGAUAUCAGUUCUAAAAUCCCAGCCUGCUCUAUCUUCUUUUUUUCCUUCGGUGGAGGCCAUGAUGGGAGCUUGAGAGUUCAGCUGGAGGGAGAGAAACGAGAAAAGAUGAUUCCCCGGGACGGAACUGUCAAACGAAUCUGUGCAGAUUUAUGAUCUUUGUAUAGUCAAUAUACAUUCAAGGUGGAGCCUGUCACUUUUUUCAGAUGUGUUUUUGGCAAUCAGUCGACGACAAUGUUGAUUCGUUAGAAGGCUUUUGGAUCAAAAAAAGAGGUAGCAUUAGCUAUUGUUGCUAGCUAGCUGUGCUAGCUAGCUAGUUAGCUAGCGAGCUAGCUACGUCUGGGUGACUGGAUACGGGUUUUGGGAACCGGUGAGUUCUCCCCUCGCUGUCAUUCACAGCGGCUGCUGUUGAGCCAUCGGUCUGGACCGUGUCUGACAUCUAACGGUUUUCCUGCGGAGAAUUGCAUGUAUUGUAUUUGGGGGUGUUUGCAAGACGAAUUCCAUGAUUGGAAAAGUUGGGCCUGCACGGAGGAGCAGAGCGAGGCCCGUCUUUAUGAUCCAGAAGAAGCCAUUCUAAUCCUAUCGACAACCACUGCUGGCUCUGCUAGCUAGCUCGUCUUUGCGAGGACCUGCAAAAUUAAGAGCAGCGAGCGAUCUAGAGCAAAGCUAUUGCCUGCGUCAGAAACGAUCAGACUCCGAAUACACGAAAACCUGGUUUUCAUCAUUUUAAAACCAUACGGACUCCUAUCACUUGCUACAAUGGCUGCGAUUAUAAAAGAAAUGGUCAGCCGGAACAAAAGGAGAUAUCAGGAGGAUGGGUUCGACUUGGACUUAACAUAUAUCUAUCCAAACAUCAUUGCUAUGGGCUUUCCAGCAGAGAGACUUGAAGGCGUGUACAGAAACAAUAUAGAUGAUGUUGUACGGUUUCUUGACUCAAAGCAUAAAAACCAUUACAAAAUCUACAACCUCUGCGCAGAAAGACACUACGAUGCUGCCAAAUUUAACUGCAGAGUUGCACAGUACCCCUUCGAAGACCAUAACCCGCCUCAGCUGGAGCUGAUAAAGCCGUUUUGUGAAGAUCUGGACCAGUGGCUCAGCGAGGACGACAAUCACGUGGCAGCCAUCCACUGUAAGGCAGGGAAAGGCCGCACAGGUGUUAUGAUCUGCGCCUAUCUGCUCCACCGCGGCAAAUUCCUGGAGGCGCAGGAGGCACUUGACUUCUACGGCGAAGUCAGGACAAGGGACAAGAAGGGAGUAACGAUCCCCAGCCAGCGUCGCUACGUGUAUUAUUACAGCUACCUACUGAAGAAUCAGCUGGAGUACAAGCCGGUGGCGCUGCUCUUCCACAAAAUGGUGUUCGAGACUCUCCCCAUGUUCAGCGGGGGCACCUGCAGGGACAGUACCGUUAAAAACAGGAGCGAGCCGACCCCUCAGGGCUUCAAGAAAGGGAAUUGGCAUUGGGAUCCGCAGUUCGUGGUGUACCAGCUCAAAGUCAAGAUUCACACGUCCAACCCCGCUCACACACGGCGUGAGGACAAGCACAUGUAUUUUGAAUUCCCCCAGCCGCUGCCAGUUUGUGGAGACAUCAAAGUGGAGUUCUUCCAUAAACAAAAUAAAAUGAUGAAGAAGGAUAAAAUGUUUCACUUUUGGGUGAACACUUUCUUCAUCCCUGGACCAGAGGAGAGCGGGGAGAAGGUGGAGAACGGGACGGUAGUGAACGAUGUAGACAGCCUGCCCGGCCAGCAGGCCGGGCCGGGUCAGGGCCAGCCCCAGAGCGCUGAGCGCAGGGACAGCGACAGGGACUACCUCAUCCUGGCGCUCACUAAGAACGACUUGGACAAGGCCAACAAAGACAAAGCUAACCGCUACUUCUCGCCAAACUUCAAGAUCUUUCAGGUGAAGUUGUAUUUCACAAAAACCGUGGAGGAGCCUUCGAAUUCUGAGGCAAGCACUUCAACAUCCGUCACUCCGGACGUUAGCGACAAUGAGCCAGACCAUUAUCGAUAUUCCGACACCACUGACUCUGAUCCGGAAAAUGAACCUUUUGACGAGGAGCAGCACACACAGAUCACAAAAGUGUGAACUCUUUUUAAAAGGAAGAGAAGAAAAUAUACACCAGAAAAAGGAGAAAACUUGAAUAUGAACUCAAAAAGAAGAACCUUUGUCCCUUUUCCUCCCCCAGACGGCAAUAGAAUAUCAUCAUGUCAAAUGCCAAUUUUAGGGAAAAAAAGAUGAAUAUCCUGACCAAUAUAUUGUUUUUAUUAUUGUUUUUUCUUUGGCACGGCUGUGUACCAUAUGCGAGGUAUCGACACUGUUGCCCCGUGGGAAAAGGUGCUGUAGCUCUAAAAAUGUGUUUAUAUAUAUAUACAUACGUAUAUGUAUAUACAUAUAUACAUGCAUAUAUAAGCAAACUUUUUUUGUGUGUCAAAGACAAUGGAAAGAGUACCACAAUCAGGAGACGGGAGUUGAAGUGUGGGAGAAGUUAGAAAGAUAUACUAGGACUAUGCUGCUCCUUCUCCUGUCUAAACCAAGGCCAGUGCUGCAGUCACUUUGUUUCUCCCUCUCUUCUCCUCCUCUCCCUUCUCCUCUCAUCUUCUACUCUCCCUACCCUCCAUCUCUCCUUCCUAUCCUCCUUUACUGUGAAUGCUUCUUGUGCUCUUUGCAGGCUGUCUCGUGACUUUUGGCCUUUGUGCAGUGCAAACUGCAUGCGGGCAGUGGGUUGGGGGUGGGCGGGGUUAUGAAGAGGCUGUGAUGAUGUCUAAAGCAUUGCCAUUCCUUUUCCCACUGUGUAUACGUUAAAUUAUGCAGAACAAGGCAUCCCAUGUAAUUGUCAAUGUUUUUUUUUAUCCUAAGAUAAUAAAAAUAUAAUACACAAAACAGCA